GGAGCGAAACCUUACUAUGAGGGCACAAGAUGCGCCCACAGACUUAUUAGCUAGUUAGCUUCUUCAUAGAACUUGGUGUCCUGGCUGACUAUCUAGCGUUCAAAGAGAAAUAAUCCAGAGACCUAUAUCCCUAGAUCGAUUGCACUUGAAAGGUGCUACAAACAAUCUUACAAGUAGGUUUUGCUGACUGUGACCCAGUCAGUAUGGCAGAGGCUCACCAAGCAGUGGCCUUCCAAUUCACUGUGUCCCCUGAUGGCAUUGACCUGCAGCUUAGCCAUGAAGCCCUGCGCCAGGUCUACCUGUCUGGCCUUCACUCAUGGAAGAAGAGGUUCAUCCGCUUCAGGAAUGGGAUUAUGAAUGGCGUGUAUCCAGGCAGCGCCCCCGGGUUUGUGGUGGUGCUAGCGGGGUACAUGGGAAGGGCAAAAUAUGUUCAGGCGGACCCCUCCUUAGGUCUCUUCUGUAAACUUGGACAAUACAUACCAGUGAGUAACUAUAUGUCCUUGGAAACCCAAAGGAGAGUGGGUGGCAUUCUGGUGGGCACAGGACUCUGGGUGGCCAUCAUAUAUACCAUGAGGAACGUCCUGAAGUUCCUGCUGUCCUGGCACGGCUGGAUGAGUGAAAGGCAUGGUGCUGCAACAUGGAAGUCGCGUGUCUGGCUGGCACUAGUGAGGAUCUUCUCUGGGAUACAAACACCUACACUGUGCAGCUUCCAGACUUCACUGCCAAAUUUACCUGUUCCCUCUGUGAAGGACACCAUGACAAGAUAUCUGGAGUCUGUGCGCCCUCUUCUGGAAGAAAAGGAGUAUAAAAGAAUGGAAGUACUCACUUUAGACUUUCAGAAGAAUUAUGCCCCUAAACUCCAGUGGUAUUUGAGGUUGAAAUCCUUGUGGGCAACCAAUUACGUCAGUGAUUGGUGGGAGGAGUAUAUCUACCUUAGAAGCCGCAACCCAAUUAUGGUCAACAGCAACUACUAUGUAAUGGACUUUCUCUACGUCUUUCCCACACAGCGGCAGGCAGCCAGGGCUGGUAAUGCCAUCCAUUCCAUCAUGCUUUACAGGAAGAAACUGGACCGAGCUGAGAUAAAACCGCUCUUUGCCCUAGCAAGCAGCGUACCAUUCUGCUCUGCCCAGUGGGAGCGGCUGUUCAACACUAGCCGCAUCCCAGGACAGGAGAGGGACACCCUCCAGCACGUGUCGAACAGCAGGCAUAUUGCGGUGUACCACAGGGGGCGUUACUUCAAGGUGGGGAUGUUUUAUGAUGGGCGGCUGCUGUUGCCACGGGAGAUAGAGCAGCAGAUGGAGAGGAUCCUAGCUGACACAUCAGAGCCUCAACCAGGAGAGGAGAAGCUUGCUGCCCUCACAGCAGGAGACAGAGUACCUUGGGCAUGUGCUCGUGACGCCUACCUCAGGCUGGGCAAGAACCGGCAGUCCCUGGACGCUGUGGAGAAAGCCGCCUUCUUUGUCACGCUGGAUGACACAGAGCAGCGCCAUGAUCCAAACAACCCAGUGGAGUCCCUGCGCCGCUACGCCAAGUCCCUCCUGCAUGGCAACUGCUAUGAUAGGUGGUUUGAUAAGUCUUUCAACCUGAUCGUUUACAAGAACGGAACAAUGGGUCUGAAUGCAGAACACAGCUGGGCUGAUGCUCCCAUUAUAGGCCACCUCUGGGAGCAUGUGCUGUUUAUGGACCCCGUCAAGCUGGGUUAUACAUCUGAUGGCCACUGUAAAGGCCAGCCUCACCGCAGCCUUCCUGGACCUCAGAGACUGCAAUGGAGCAUCCCGUCUGAGUGCCAGAGCAUGAUCGACAACUCCCUGGCAGUGGCCCAGGCUCUGGCCGAUGACGUUGACAUCCACAUCAUCCCCUUUGAGGAUUUUGGGAAAGGCCUGAUCAAGAAAUGCAAGACCAGCCCAGAUGCCUUCAUCCAGAUCGCUCUGCAGCUUGCCUACUUCCGGGACAAAGGGAAGUUUUGCCUGACUUACGAGGCAUCCAUGACUCGUCUGUUCAGAGAGGGACGGACAGAGACCGUACGCUCCUGCACCAUGGAGACGUGUGCUUUCGUCAGGGCCAUCGUCAACGCAGAGCCGAAAGAGAAGAAGCUGAGCUUGCUCCAGACAGCGGCCAAGAAGCACCAGCAGAUGUACCGCAUGGCCAUGACAGGCAAAGGUAUCGACCGACAUCUGUUCUGCCUCUACCUGGUGUCGAAGUACCUGCAACUGGACUCCCCCUUCCUUAAAGAGGUGCUGUCCGAGCCAUGGAGGUUGUCUACCAGUCAGACUCCUCUUCAGCAGCCUGAGCUGUUUGAUCUCGUCAGGCACCCCGAGCUCGUGUCCAGUGGCGGAGGUUUCGGCCCGGUGGCUGAUGAUGGUUAUGGUGUGGCUUACAUUAUUGUGGGGGAGAACCUUAUUAACUUCCACAUCUCCUGCAAGCGCUCCAGUCCAGAAACGGACUCUCAUCGCUUUGGCAACCACAUCAGACAGGCAAUGCUUGACAUGUUGGACUUGUUUCAGCUACCGCUAUAGGCCCUGAAAUGAAAACUCACUGUUUUCUUUUGUUCUGUAUUAUGGUUUUAAACAACCUUGCAAUACGAAACAUGCUUCUGAGUUCAUUUAUAAUUGAUUUGACAUCAUUUGUGUAUGUGAAUGAGAGAAAAAUGUCUGUCUGGGGGUCUGUGCGAGUGCAUGUCUGUGUGAGCAUCUGUGCAUGCAUGGGUGUUUGUUUAUAUGCAAGUAUGUAUAAGCAAGUUCUGUCUGAGUCCCACUUCAAAAGCAGUGGCACUACCGGAGCUGGUGCCUUAAUGAGACAUGUAAAGGGAAGUGUAAGGGUUAAUCAGUAGCCAGUUUAACUUAAGCCCAUUAAUCAAUUGCAUUAAACACUAAUUUAACAGGUGGUGACCUCGCUCCCAGCCCUUAAUACAUUUACAUAAUGAAUAAGGAUUGCAUUCAAAACCACAAGAACUAACAGUCUGCUGACAUUUCAACUUGCAUUUCAAGUAGGCGAAAUAACUGCCUGACCAUAGGUCACUGAGGAAGUCGUUUAUUUCCAUUGGCUAACCUCGUGCAGAGCUCCACAGUCUAGAUGUAGCUGAUGACGUCAUUGUGGUGAAUCUUGCCUGAGGUGUUACCGAGCGCUGACCUUGUGGUUGCAGCAGAGAUGGGCUUUGCUGGCUUUCUCAGCCGUUCAGCUUCAUUCCUGGUGUGGUGCAUUGCACACAUCAUGGCUUAAAGAGUCUUUACAGAGUGCAAGUGCUGUGAUGCAUGCGCACUGAGUAGCCUCUGGGCAUAAAGGGUCGCAGGGCAUAGUUCACAGCACUAUGAAGGAUGAAGUCAUAAUUCCACCCCCCACCCCCCCACAUGAACAAUUGGAGUAGAGUAGGUUUUUUAUGGAUUUUUAUUUAUUUUUUUCGUUUUCUUGUUCAUUUUCAGCUUUACCAUAGAAGAUAGGCAUGCAUGAAACAAUACUGUACUAAAUUAAGAGUAGCUUUUAGGGAUUCCUACCUACACCCAGAUAUAGGAUGUUUUAUUGUUCAGAGAAGGCUACAAACAUUGGUGAACAUUUUGUUUUUAUUUCAUUUUGUAGUGUUUUGCUUCAAGGUUUUACGUUUGGAAAUAACUCAAACUUUUAUUUAUUUUGUGAUCAUUUAUAAAGCUAUUUAUUGUGCUUGUUAUUGCACAGACUAUGUACAAUGAAUGUCACUUUAAAUGUUUGUCUCUGUCCAUAACAAAGCAAUGAUGUGGAAUAUUCAUGGAUUUAAAAAAAUAAUAAUUUGCACCCAUACAUGUGCUUUAUGCCCAAAUACAGUAACAGUUAGAAGAUCAGUCACAUGGUUUUUUUGAUCAGUCAUUUGCAAGACUAGCCUUCAUGAAGGUGCAUUCAUAUAGCUCUUAUAUAUAAUCCGUAUCCAUAGUUUUAAAGUCCAGUAAGACAAUUGUAUUAAAGACUUCUAAGUCAAAA